AUGGACGUAGCUCUCGAAAUCCUCGAUCCUCUUAUUCUGGAUAAAGCCUAUGCAUGGGCUUUACCCGCCUCAUCUCCCGCCUUUACAAACUCUUCAUCAGCCACACUUUCGGUGGCGGGCUCACCGCUUACCUCGCAAUGGCCGCGCGACAACAUCUACCGUCAGAUUGUGUCACUUCUCACCAUUACCCAGAUUGGCGCAACGUCCCUCUAUCUCUUCUUCAGCGCCCUGUCUUACUACCUUGUCUUUGACCGCCGUCUCGAGUACCACCCGCGUUUCUUGAAAAAUCAGGUUCGACAGGAGAUUAGAUCCUCCUUGUUUGCCAUCCCUUUCAUCAACUUGAUGACCCUGCCCGUGUUUCUGGCAGAGGUCCGUGGCAAGAGUCUGCUCUAUGCCAAAACAAGCGACUAUGGCUGGCCGUGGCUGAUAGUGUCGACCGUCCUGUAUAUGGCAUUCAACGAUAUUGCCAUUUACUGGAUUCACCGCCUCGAACACCACCCUAGCGUGUACAAGUACAUCCAUAAGCCACACCACAAAUGGAUUGUUCCUACCCCAUGGGCUGCCCUGGCUUUCCACCCGGCUGACGGAUUCAUCCAGUCUCUGCCAUACCACAUCUUCGUCUUCAUAUGUCCAAUGCAAAGAUACCUCUACAUGGUCCUCUUCGUCAGUGUCCAAGUCUGGACCAUCUUCAUCCACGACGGCGACAUGAUAUCGGGCCAUUGGACCGAAAAAUUCAUCAACAGUCCCGCACACCACACGCUGCACCACAUGUACUUUACCGUCAACUACGGACAGUACUUUACCUGGGCCGACAACUAUUUUGGCUCGCACAGGGCUCCGGAGCCCUCGCUUGACCCCAUCCACGACGCUCUCAAGGUGAUGCGGGCAAAGGGUCUGGUCGACGAGCAGGGUAAUUUGAUCAAGCAUGCCAAGAAUGAGUAA